AUGGCCAUGACGCAACAGCAACCCAUUCCGUUGUCGUCAACGGUGGACCGCAUUGUCCAGGACUUGCGCUCCAAAAAUGACGAGAAUCGCCAGAAAGCGGCGCACAUGGUACGCCAGACGGUCGAGAAUGCGCACCGAGAACUGCCACCGCAGGCAUUCCAGCAAUUCUAUAAUGACGUGAAUAUGCGCAUAUCACAGCUCAUAGUAGCGGGCAAUGAUAGCAGCGAACGCAUCGGGGGCAUCUACGCGCUGAACUCCCUCAUCGACUUCCGCGGCGACGAUGCUGGCCAGAAAACGACUCGCUUUGCAAGCUAUCUUCGGAGCGUAAUGCGUGGCACAGAUAACACCUCCAUGGUCGUAGCUGCGAAGGCUCUCGGACGGCUGGCGAAACCGGGCGGCACCCUCACGGCUGAGCUGGUCGAGGCAGAGGUCAAGGUUGCGCUGGAAUGGCUGCAGAUGGAGCGCACCGAAAGCAGGCGCUUUGCCGCUGUGCUCAUCCUGCGCGAACUCGCCAAGAACUCGCCCACACUGAUGUACCAAUGGAUCGCGCAGAUAUUCGAGGUCAUCUGGGUUGCCCUCCGAGACCCAAAAGUCCUUAUUAGGGAGUCUGCCGCCGAGGCCAUCAGCGCCUGUUUCGAGAUUAUCUCCCCACGAGAUCACCAGAUGCGCCAGAUGUGGUUCGGCAGGGUAUACGACGAGAUCUUGAAGGGAUUUAAUCUGAACACGAACGAGGCGAUACAUGGGUCUCUGCUCACUAUGAAGGAGCUGCUGGACAAGAGCGCCAUGUUCAUGAACGAUCAAAAAUACAAAGAGACAGUUGAGACGGUGUUGAAAUACAGAGAGCAUCGCGAUGCGCUUGUGAGACGGGAGGUUGUACUUAUCAUUCCUAUUCUUGCCAGUUACUCGCCAACCGAAUUCGCCGCAAAGUACUUGCAUCAGUGCAUGCUCCAUCUCCAGGGCCUGAUCAGGAAGGACCGCGAUAGGGAUAAGGCUUUCAUGGCUAUUGGUCAGAUUGCUAAUGCUGUCGGCGUCGCAAUCGCUCCGUACCUCGAUGGCAUCCUUGGUUUCAUUCAAGAUGGACUUACCGCCAAAGCACGCAACAAAGCCAUAAACGAAGCACCGAUUUUCCAAUGCCUCAGUAUGAUUGCAGCAGCCGUGGGACAGGCUCUGAGCAAGAAUGUUGAACGUUUGCUGGAUCCCAUCUUUUCGUGCGGGCUAAGCGACUCUCUUUUCCAAGCCCUUGUCGAUAUGGCGCAUUAUGUGCCACCUUGUCGACCCAUCAUCCAAGAGAAGCUUUUGGACCUCCUAAGCCAGAUUCUGGCUGGUCGACACUACUUGCCGCUGGGUAGUCCUCACCAGGAACGUCAGCCCCCUCACAUCUGGACCCGCGAUCACAAGGACCCUACAAUCAUCGCAUCACGAGAACAAGAGAUUGCACUUGCUUUGCAUACUCUUGGUAGCUUCGACUUCACAGGCCAUGUCCUGAAUGAGUUCGUGCGCGAUGUCGCGAUCCGAUACGUCGAAGCGGACAAUCCCGAGAUCCGCAAGCGCGCCGCUUUGACAUGUUGCCAGCUUUUUGUGAAGGAUCCCAUCGUUCAUCAGACGAGUGUUCAGGCUACUAAAGUUGUAGGCGAUAUCAUCGAGAAGCUUCUCACGGUCGGCGUUGGUGAUAUCGACCCUGAAAUCCGAUGGGAAGUCCUGAUGGCGCUGGACGCUCGCUUUGACCGACAUCUGGGCAAAGCAGACAACAUUCGCACCUUGUUCCUGGCUCUUAAUGACGAGGUUUUCGCUAUCCGCGAAGCUGCAAUGUCUAUUAUUGGCCGCCUGACGGUUGUUAAUCCGGCUUAUGUCUUCCCAUCGUUGCGCAAGGUCCUUCUCCAGCUAUUGACUGAAGUCAACUACUCAAAUAGUCCCCGGAGUAAGGAAGAGAGCGCUCGGCUAAUAAGCAACCUAGUCGGAGCUGCGGAUCACUUGAUCAAGCCUCUUGUGGAUCCUAUUGUUGCUGUGCUUCUUCCGAAGGCGAAGGAUGCAAACCCCGAAGUUGCUUCAACGACCCUCAAAGCUAUCGGCGAUCUGGCUACAGUUGGUGGCGAAAGCAUGACAAAGUACAUCCCAGAGCUCAUGCCGAUCAUCCUGGACUUCAUGCAGGAUCUCGCAUCAGACUCCAAACGCUUUGCGGCUCUACGCGCUCUUGGGCAGCUGGCAACGAACGUCGGCUAUGUCGUGGAGCCGUACCGCGACUACCCUGAGCUCAUGAACAUCCUCAUGAACAUUGUCAAGACCGAGCCCGAGGGUGAGCUCCGACGCGAGACCGUCAAGCUCAUGGGGACCAUUGGCGCACUCGACCCGGAUGAGUACCAGAAGAUCAUGGAACAAUCUCCCGACAAACACCUCAUCCUCGAAGCCCAAGCUGUUACAGAUGUUUCGCUCAUCAUGCAAGGCAUCACACCUUCGAACGAGGAGUACUACCCGACUAUUGUAAUCAAUACUCUAAUGGGGCUCUUGAAGGAUACAUCGUUGUCGCAAUUUCACUCCUCGGUCGUGGACGCUGUCAUGAAUAUCUACGCUACGAUGGGCUUGAAGUGCGUACCUUUCCUUAACAUGGUGGUCCCUGGCUUCUUGCAGGUCAUUCGCGCUGCACCUACCGGUAGGACCGAGGGUUACUUCAAUCAGCUCAGUCAGCUUGUCCGUAUCGUUCGCCAACAUAUUCGUCCAUACUUACCCUCCAUUCUUGCCACAAUUCAGGACUUCUGGAGUAGCGGUACCCAGCUACAAGCGACGAUCCUUUCGCUCAUAGAAUCUAUUGCGAAAUCGCUAGAGGGAGAGUUCAAGGUUUAUCUCGCGGAUGUUCUGCCCUUGAUGCUGGGCGUAAUGGAAGCGGAUCAGACUUCGCAGCGUGUACCCUCGACGAGAGUACUGCAUGCGUUUCUCAUCUUCGGCUCCAGUGCAGAGGAAUAUAUGCAUCUCAUCGUUCCCGUAAUCGUCAAUAUGUUUGACAAGCCGGGCCAACCCGUAUUCCUUCGCAAGCUGGCAAUGGAAACACUUGGUCGCCUGUCAAAGCAAGUUAACAUUUCGGAAUUCUCUGCUCGCAUCGUGCAACCCAUCUGCCGCGUGCUCGCAGGUAACGAUACUUCCCUCAAGCAAGCUGCGCUUGAGACGUUGUGCGCUCUCAUCUUCCAACUUGGACCUGACUACAUCCACUUCGUACCAACAGUCAACAAAAUACUUAUAACUCACAAGGUACCGAAUGAGAACUACGGACGCAUCGUGUCAAAGCUUCAGAGAGGCGAGCCGUUACCCCAGGACCUCAGUCCGGAUGAGCGUUAUGGUGAAGACGAUGAGGAUAUCAAUCCUGCGGAGAUCCAGACCAAGAAACUUGCUGUGAACCAACAGCAUCUGAAACAAGCUUGGGAAGCCUCAUCCAAGACUACACGAGAAGAUUGGGUCGAGUGGAUACGACGAUUCAGCGUUGAGUUGCUUCGAGAGUCCCCACAACAGGCCUUGCGAGCCUGCACACCGCUAGCGAGUGUCUACAACCCGAUCGCCAGAACUUUGUUCAACUCAGCGUUCGUAUCAUGUUGGACAGAGUUGUACGACCAAUACCAGGAAGAGCUUGUGCGGUCCAUCGAGACGGCUCUUACGUCGCCUAACAUUCCACCUGAGAUCCUUCAGAUACUCCUCAACCUGGCAGAAUUCAUGGAGCACGACGACAAAGCCCUUCCUAUCGAUGUUAGGAUCCUCGGCAUGUACGCGGGCAAGUGUCACGCUUUUGCAAAAGCGCUUCAUUAUAAAGAGCUCGAGUUCAACGCGGAGCAGAAUUCCAGCGCUGUGGAAGCUCUUAUUAGUAUUAACAACCAGCUACAGCAGACUGAUGCUGCGUUUGGUAUCCUGCGUAAGGCGCAGGGGUACAGUGACGUGGAGCUGAAGGAGACAUGGUUCGAGAAGUUGCAGAAGUGGGAGGAGGCUCUUACUUCGUAUCAACGUCGUGAGCGAGAUGAACCGGACUCAUUUGAGAUCACGAUGGGUAAAAUGCGCUGUUUGCACGCGCUUGGAGAAUGGGAUCUGCUUUCUAGCCUUUCCAAGGAGAAGUGGGCGAAUGCUUCGCAAGAAUACCGCAAAGCGAUCGCACCGCUUGCUGCCGCUGGUGCGUGGGGUAUGGGCAAAUUUGCAGAUAUGGACUCUUACCUUACUGUCAUGAAGGAGCAGUCCCCCGAUCGGGCCUUCUUCGCGUCGAUCGUCAAUAUCCACAACAACCGCUUCGAAAUCGCCACGGAGGAGAUUGCGAAGGCACGGAGAGGUCUCGACACGGAACUUAGCUCGCUACUGGGUGAAUCAUACCAGCGUGCCUACCUUCCCAUGAUCCGCGUCCAAAUGCUGGCCGAGUUGGAAGAAAUCAUGCUGUACAAGCAGAACGACGGCAACCUCGAGAAGCAAGCUAGCAUGCGCAGGACCUGGAUGAAGCGUCUCAAGGGUUUGCAGCCGAACCCCGAGGUCUGGCAGCGCAUGAUGAAGGUUCGCCAGCUGGUCAUCACUCCUCAACAGAGUCUUGAUAUGUGGAUCAAGUACACCAACCUCUGCCGCAAGAACGAGCGUAUGGGUCUCGCGGAGAAAGGAUUGCAGAAGCUGCUCGACAUUGAUAAUGGCGACGUCUUUGCGUGCGUGCGGGAGAACGUCAACAAAAUCCCGUACCCUGUGUCGUAUGCGGCUUUCAAGCUAAUGUGGGGCACACCAGGACACAGAGAAGAGGCGCUGGAUUUGCUCAAAGACUUCACCGCCCGGUUAGCGGAUGACGUUGCUAUGAGAGCUCGAGCCGCGCAGAAUGGCAUGAUGCCACCCAAUGGAAUGCAUGGCAUGACUAACGGUCAUGCCGUGAGCCCCAUGAACCCGUUCGCGGCUGCCAAUGGCGUCAAUGGUAUGAAUGGCUCCAGUGUGCUGAACGGUUCAAACAUGUUCAGCUCGCCCACGGAGCUGGUAGAGUGCCAGAGGCUACUCGCCAAAUGCUAUCACAAAGUCGGAGAGUGGCAGUCACAUAUCCAGAACGGAGAGUGGGAUCACGAACAGGUCCACGAAAUUCUUUCAGCCUAUUCUGCGGCCACACGAUAUAACAGGGACUGGUACAAGGCGUGGCACUCGUGGGCUCUGGCCAACUUCGAAGUGGUGAACUCGCUCACAUCGCAGGCUGAUCGCGAGUCUACGGAACUACCACCAAAUGUCGUGCAUGAGCACAUUGUUCCCGCUAUCACUGGCUUCUUCAAGUCUAUCGCUUUAUCGUCUUCUAGCUCACUUCAGGACACCCUUCGUCUUCUUACGCUUUGGUUCAGCCAUGGUGGCAUAUCUGACGUUAACCGGACUGUUUCAGACGGCACCAAGCAAGUGCCUAUCGACACAUGGCUCGAGGUUAUUCCUCAGCUUUUGGCCCGUAUCAAUCAGCCUAAUCCGACGAUUCGUCAGUCCAUCCACCAACUCCUGAGCGAGGUCGGCAAGGCGCAUCCGCAGGCCUUGGUAUUCCCCUUGACUGUGUCCAUGAAGUCCGAUCAAAAUAGGCGGCAACGCUCUGCUAAGGAGCUGAUGGAGGCCAUGCGUGAACACUCGCCACGCCUUGUCGAACAAGCUGAUCUUGUCAGCACCGAGCUCGUCCGCAUUGCCGUGCUCUGGCAUGAGCAGUGGCAUGAGGGUCUUGAAGAGGCAUCGAGGCUGUACUUCGGUGAUCACAAUAUCGAAGGCAUGUUUGCAACGCUUGCACCACUGCAUGCUAUGAUCGAUCGUGGCCCAGAAACACUGCGAGAGAUAUCAUUUAUUCAGUCUUUCGGUCGCGAACUGCAAGAGGCACGCGACUGGUGUAACACUUUCCGCACGUCAGGGGAGAUGGGCGAUCUCAACCAGGCUUGGGAUCUGUACUACCAGGUCUUCCGUAAGAUCUCGCGUCAAUUGCCGUCGCUCAUGACCUUGGAGCUUCAGUAUGUCUCGCCUAAGCUCAAGGAGGCACACGACCUCGAGUUGGCUGUGCCCGGGACAUACCAGGUUGGUAAACCUGUUAUACGCAUCUCUUCGUUCAGUCCCGUGGCUUCUGUGAUACAGUCCAAGCAGAGGCCCAGGAAGCUGGAGAUGCAGGGCAGCGACGGAAAAACGCACACACACAUCCUCAAGGGUCACGAAGAUAUCCGCCAAGACGAACGUGUGAUGCAACUAUUCGGCCUAUGCAACACGCUGCUAACAAACGACACUGAGAGCCGUAAGAGGCAUCUCAACAUCCAAGGCUACGCCGUCGUGCCGCUCUCCACGCAAUCCGGCCUCAUCGGCUUCGUCCCCAACUCCGAUACCCUGCACGUCCUCAUCCGUGAGUACCGCGACAGCCGCAAGAUCCUGCUCAAUAUCGAGCACCGCAUCAUGCUGCAGAUGGCGCCCGAUUAUGACUGCCUCACGCUCAUGCAGAAGGUCGAAGUCUUCGGUUACGCACUAGAUAACACAACCGGCCAGGAUCUAUACCGUGUGCUCUGGCUCAAGAGUAAGAGCUCUGAGGCGUGGCUCGAUCGUCGUACGAAUUAUACGCGCUCGCUGGCAGUCAUGUCAAUGGUGGGAUACAUUCUUGGUCUGGGCGAUCGCCACCCAAGCAAUCUCAUGCUCGACCGCGUGACGGGCAAGAUCGUGCACAUUGACUUCGGCGACUGCUUCGAGGUGGCGAUGCAUCGCGAGAAAUAUCCCGAGCGCGUCCCGUUCAGGCUCACGCGCAUGCUCACGUAUGCUAUGGAGGUCAGCAACAUCGAGGGUAGCUACAGGACGACGUGCGAGCAUGUGAUGCGCGUGCUGCGGACGAACAAGGAGUCUGUCAUGGCGGUCCUUGAAGCUUUCAUACAUGACCCCCUCCUAACAUGGCGACUCGGUGCCCGCGACUCCCCGCCUGAACCAAACUUCCCCUCCGAGCGCCGCGCCUCCAUCAUCGGCGUGCCCCCCUCCUCCUCCACAGACCCCACAGACCCCAUGUCCAGCCUCGUCAGCGGCCGCCAGCGCCACCGCUCCUCCAUCGCACCGCAACCGCAGAACGAGGCUGAGGCAAAGGAAGUGCAGAAUGCGCGCGCGCUGCAGGUUUUGUCGAGGGUUAAGGAGAAACUGACCGGCAGAGACUUUGGGAAUGCAGUGGGCAGGGGAGACGAGUUGAAUGUGCCGACGCAGGUGGAUAGGCUGAUUAAGGAGGCGACGAAUUUAGAGAAUCUGUGUCAGCAUUAUAUUGGGUGGUGUAGCUUUUGGUAG